AUGAGCUCUUUAGGCAGAGAUUCGUUGGAAGGGCAUCUCGAUCCAGGAGCAAGUCGAACAUCCACGUCGAUCGGGCGCAAGAGCUUUGGCGAUCUCUUUGGCCUGAACAGACUGCGACAAAACUCUGAUCUGGGCCAGAGAGCGGGCACGCUGACACCUGCAACCCCUGGCUCCAACACAUCCAAGAACAAUUCACUCCAGAUUGCGCGGGAGCCGAUUGCAUUGCCUGAGAAGCUCGAGGACGAAACGCCCGCCAAGUAUUUGGCCAGGAUAGAAGAGAUUCUCAGCAGAGGAGUAAUUGCGAGUGCGUUGUCCAAGGGAAGUGAUCCUUUCGCAGCAGCCGUGUUGCGCAGUUACAUGCGCCGGUUUAGUUUCUUUGGUGACCCGAUGGACAUGGCAAUCCGGAAACUACUUAUGGAAGCCGAGCUGCCCAAAGAGACGCAGCAGAUCGACAGGUGUUUGCAGGCGUUUGCGAAUCGCUAUCACGAAUGCAAUCCGGGCAUUUAUGCCUCCCCUGACCAGGCCUACUUCGUGGCGUUUUCGCUUCUCAUUCUGCAUACGGAUGUGUUCAACAAGAAUAACAAGCACAAGAUGCAGCAACCUGACUAUUUGAAGAAUACCCAAGGCGAGGGUGUUUCGGACCCGAUCCUUCGAUGCUUUUACGACAACAUCACUUACACCCCCUUUAUACACGUUGAGGACGACGUGGACCUCAAUGGUGAUCGACUUAUAGCGAACAGAGCCAAGAGGAAAACCCUUUUUCCUGGAGGCACGCCGGAAGCGGCCGCGAAGCGGUCUAACCGUGAACCCCUUGAUCCGUAUACGCUGAUCAUAGACGGCAAGCUGGAUAUACUGAGGCCGAGUCUGAAAGAUGUGAUGGAGCUCGAGGACCACUAUGACUAUUUGGGAACGGCAAAAGACCUCAACGUAAAGGAGCUUCAGCGGACAUUCUUCAGAACUGGUGUUUUGCAAAUUGUGUCGGCCAGGUCACGGCCAGAUGCCUUUCGCGACGAAAAGAGCGCUAUCAACCCUGCCGAAGCGGCGCAGGGCGUGGUCGAUAUCAAAAUCACAAAGGUCGGUCUUUUGUGGCGGAAGGAUGUCAAGAAGAAGAAAACCAGAUCACCCUGGCAGGAAUGGGGAGCCAUUCUUACGGGCGCCCAGCUUUAUUUCUUCCGCAACACCACAUGGAUCAAGAACUUGAUGCACCAAUACGAAUCGCACGUUAAACAAGGCUUUUACGGCGAACCAAUCACGUUUAAACCGCCAUUACCGGAGUUCAAGCCUGAUGGAUAUCUCCCGACGAAGGAAGCUGUUGCGCUCGUAGACUCCACGUAUAAGAAGCACAAGAACGCUUUCAAAUACUCUCGGCCUGGGGCCUUCGUCGAGGAGGUUCUUCUUGCUGACAAUGAAGAGGAGAUGAACGACUGGCUCGCCAAAUUGAAUUACGCUGCCGCCUUCACUACGUCUGGCGUCCGCAUGCGAGGCGUCGUGGGCGGCAAUUACGAGGGACAAAGUCGACGGGGGAUCAGGAGACUUGGAAGUUCGGCCUCCGCGCAGGUUAUUCAGACUCCCACCGGCGAGGUCAGCAUCGUUCGUGGUAAAAUUGAUCACCAGGAGGCCGAGUCCAUUCAGGCUCAACGACGGCAGACCAUGAUGGACGCUGUUGCUAAAGCAGAUGAAGAAAUCGCCAUCAAGGAGCAAGAGCUGGAGAUCCAUCUGAGGAACGCUCGCCAUCUCCAGAUUCUCUCACCCAUCCAAGCCAAGACGAGGGAUCAGGUUCUUUCGGCUGCUGCUCACAUGGAUGUUAAAAUCAAGUGGAUUCGUAUGGACAUGUGGAAAUCCAGGUGUCAUCGAGAUGUCCUUUUGAAGGAUAUGUCCGAAGAGCAGCGACUCCAAGGUCUGGUGCCGACCAAAUCUCAAAAUGGCCAUGAGAUCCGCGAAGCGUCACCAUCCCGAGAAAGACCACCCAUGCUCGAGGCAGGAUCAGUGACAAGUGUGGGACGCCGCCGCCGGAGGUCAUCGGCAGCCAUCUCCGUGGUUCAAGGGCCUGCGAGGAUGGCGCAAGGGGAGCCAGAAUCGCCAACAAAUGAUGCUUACCAGACACCGCCUACAAGUGCGACCUUCAACCCCCACAAACACCAGAACUCAUGGGACUCCAAGGUCUCCAAAUCCCAAGAGCCAGUCUACCGCAAACGACCCUGCUCCAGUUCUAGUCAAUCCUCUGGUGACCCGACGUUCUACAGCCCGCAGCAGCAUCCGACUCCUAGAAGAGGGAAGGACGAAGAAACGAGUGUGGCUGAGGAACAUCAUGAUGACGUGGAUGCGAACGAACGUGUCCUCCUUGAGCAGGCAGGCUUGCUAGGAUCAGAAUCUCGUGGCAAUCCGCCUGAAAGAAAGCGAACCGGGUCACUCUCUGAAGCUGGAGAUGCUUCCGAGUCGCGUGAUACCCCGGGGUCCAUCGACAAGCAAGACAGGACAAAGAUCCGACGAAGCCUGCAACGCACCCUCAGGGAGAGCGCUGGCCAUCUUUCGCACCAUCGUAGCAGAAAGGGAAAAGAGGUCAUCACCGGAAGCGCUUUAGAAGACGCUGGUCGCGAAGACGUGCUUACUAGAGGCACUGGAAGCUUCGUGGUACACGGCAAGAAGGCGUCCGUCAUCAAUUUCGGUUCCGAACUGCAACAACUGACUCCCGAGGAGCGUCUGAGGCAGCGAAAGCCGGGUCAGCGCGAUGAGCCUGCUUCUCCCGCAAGCGUCGAGGAAGAUUUCCGCGACACGCUUAAUGAAUCGUUACUUCCCAAGGAGCGCAGAGAGUCGGGCGCAAGCGCUAGCACAGCAACGGCAAGAAGCUUUCGUGAACUUCACCGAAAGUAUUCUUCUGCGCACGCUUCUCGGUCGCCGGCCUUCAGAGGUCAACUUUCAGUGCCGUCUGAUGGUGAGAGUGAAGCCGCAGUCAGCUUUUCCGAAGGACGCAGGACGCCGCUGCCCCCAAUUGAAAACGAGUCUGGAGACGAGGAAGAAAGUGACGCCGUCGUAGCGAGUUCGGGCGUGACAAGCCCUACUGUGGCAAGUCCGCAGCCAAUCCGUGCAGCGUUCUUAUCACCCCUCGAGCCGGUGACGCCUCAAGGACAGGAGAAAGGCGAAGAAGAAAAGAGCGACGAGAUGCAGCGACUACCUAGUCCUCCGAUCCAGGCGGUCAAGGCCUAG